AUGAAUUAUAUUAACUAAAUAUAAAAAAAUAAAAUAGUUUAAGAGUUGUCUGAUAUUUUUACUGCGCUACAAAAAUAUCAACUGCUCAAUUAAAUAAACAAUAAUUUAAACUUUUUUAUUUAGUAAAAUCAAAUUAAUGAAGUAAAAAUGCAAAAGAUUAAGAGACUUAGCUAAUUAGACCCAUUUAUAGAUUACAUUAGUAUCAAAGCUUUUCAAAAUUCUCCACACUUAUUAGAUAAAAAUAACUUAAAUUAAUUUAUUAUGCUAUUUGAUGCUUUAUACUUUAUCAUAUUUUAGUCUCAAAAGCUUAAGUAGAUAGAUCUUUGUUUUAAUCUCUUAGACGUUUGUCCUUAGUUUUUUUAGUCAUAGAAUAUUAAAAAUAAUUUAUAGCUAGAAUCUUUUUCUCUAGAUCUUGUGUAAAAUUGUUUAAAAUUAACUAAAAUUUACAUCUUUUUUUCCAAAAUAGAAAUUGUAAAAGCAAAUAGAAUUUACUUUCCAAGUUUUUUAACUCUUUUAGUAAAAACUCUGAUUUGA